GGUCAAUGUGGAAAAUCAAAUACUGAAAUACGGGUUUACUACUCGUGAGAUUAUUAUUUUGGAAAAUGAUGAUCCUGGAGGAGUGUUUGAAUUUUCUCCCUCUUCCAGAGGUCCCUACAGUGUCAAGGAAGGGGAGUCUGUUGAACUGCAGAUUGUUCGCAGUAGAGGAAGUCUUGUCAGGCAGUUUUUACGUUACACUGUAGAACCAAGAGAAAAUAAUGAGUUUUAUGGAAGCACAGGAGUUCUGGAGUUUAAACCUGGUGAAAGAGAGAUUAUACUUACUCUUCUGACAAGGAUGGAUGGGAUUCCAGAGCUGGAUGAGUUAUAUUCUGUGGUACUCAGUGGCUACAGUGAAAUGCCAGGCAAGUUGGGGAAUGCCACAAGGGUCAAUAUAACCAUUUCGAAGAAUGAUGAUCCACACGGUGUCAUUCAGUUUCUACCUGAUGAACUAUCAAUAACAAUAAACGAAAGUAAAGGAGAAAUCAUCUAUGCUGCUGCUUACAGGGUUGUAAGAAACCAAGGAAACUAUGGCAAUGUUAGUGUGUCCUGGGUUGUUGACCCAGCAUGUACCAAUGACAUCUCUCCAGAACAAGGGACUCUUUUCUUUGAUAAUCUGGAGUUUUCAAAAAAUAUCACCAUUUACUCGCUGCCAGAUGAGGUACCUGAGGAGAUGGAAGUAUUCAUCAUCAGCUUAUUCAAUGCUACCGGUGGAGCCAGGCUGGGCAAUAUAACCAGUGCAAUUUUACAAAUUGCAAGGAAUGAUGAUCCCAUUUAUUUUGCAGAACCUCUGACAGUGAGCGUUAAAGAAGGAAGUGUUGCAAACUUUACAGUCCUAAGGAAUGGAUCUGCUGAUGUUGCUGUUGCUGUCCAGUAUAUUACUGUUAAUGGAGAUGCAACCGCUGAAGAGGGAGACUUUGUUUCCAGUGGAAAGAACAGUAUCAUUUUGUUCAGUGUUGGAGAAAGAGAGCAGAAUUUAUCUGUGUAUAUUAAUGAUGAUGAUACCCCUGAAACUGAUGAAAUAUUUUAUAUCUUCCUUUUGAAUGCUACAGGGGACACCGUUAUCUUUAAGGCUGGAGUGGCUACAGUUAUUAUUGAAGCAAAUGAUGAUCCUAAUGGAAUUUUCUCCUUGGAACCUUUAGAGAAGCCAGUGGAUGAAGGCAAAAGUCUUGAAGCAGAUGCCUAUGACUGUGAAUUAGGUCUUUGUGCUUGUCUGUUUGAUAAUGACUCUGUGCUGAGGCCGGGAGAAGAGUUCUAUGAAACAUAUGGGAGUUUGCACUUCAUGGAUGGUGAGGGAUCAAAGCCAAUAACACUCCAUGCUAUUUCAGAUGGAAUUCCUGAAUUCAAUGAAUUUUAUAUUCUGAAGUUGGUGAAUGCUUCAGGUGGGUCUCCUGGUCCUGGUGGUCAGCUAUCUGAAGCAAACCUUGCUGUAACUGUGAUGAUCCCAUUCAAUGAUGACCCUUUUGGAGUCUUUGUUAUAGAUCCAGAGAGCCAGGACAGAGAGAUUGUGGAAGAUGUUCUGUCUGAAGAUGAUCUUUCCUAUAUUACAGACUUCACCAUCUGGAGAGAACAAGGCACCUUUGGUGUUGUCCGAUUAGGUUGGGAAAUACUGUCUAGUACAUUCCAAGCUGGACUACCAUCAAUGGUAGACUUCUUGUUGCUGGGAUCGUUUCCAAAUUCAGUACAAUCCCAGCCUCAGAUGAGGCGCCGUCACAGUGGAACAGAUGCUUUGUAUUUCAGUGGAGAAGAGGAUGCAUUUGGGACUAUUGGUCCGGAAUACCCAUACAAUGGAAAUACUGCAGUAACCAACUUUACAUUUUCGGUGUGGUUAAUUCCUAAUGUCAGUACUGAUGGUUUUAUACUUGAAAAGGAUGAUGGUAAUGGAACCUUAUAUUACGGCGUGAAAAUCCAAACGAAUGAUUCUCAUGUUUCUGCUAUCCUUCAUUAUACAGCAUUAGGAUCCAAUAUGACAUAUAUGGCUAAAGUAGCAGUUUUGAAAUAUCUGGAUGGAAAUACUUGGCUUCACCUUCUGAUUACUCUGGAUGAAAGUAUAAUUGAAUUUUAUAUGGAUGGAAUUCCUGUUCUGGAAGGAAUUAAAAGCCUUAAAGGAGAAGCAAUUACUGAUGGUCCAGGAAUAGUCAGAAUUGGAGCAGGAAUCAAUGGCAGCAGUAGGUACACAGGGGUAAUGCAGGACAUGAGGCUUUAUGAGCGUAAAUUGACACGAGCAGAAAUCUACGAACUCCAUGCAACUCCUGCAAAAAGUGAUGUCCACCCUGUCUCUGGAUACUUGGAGUAUCAGCAAGGAGAAACCAAUAAAUCAUUCAUUGUGUCUGCGAAGGAUGACAAAGAGGAAGAAGGAGAGGAGUUGUUCAUCCUAAAGCUAAUUUCUGUGCGUGGUGGAGCUCGAAUUUCACAAGAAAAUAUCACAGCAAGAUUAAGAAUACAGAAAAGUGAUAAUGCUAAUGGUUUAUUUGGCUUCACUGGAGCAUGUAUUCCUGAGACUGCUGAUGAAGGUUCCACUAUAUCCUGUGUUGUGGAGCGUACAAGGGGAGCCCUAGACUAUGUGCACAUAAAUUACAUUAUCUCACAGGUUGAUUCCACUGGCGUUAAUUACUCUGUUACCGAUUUUUCUAACAGCAGUGGCACUAUCACAUUCCUUCCUUGGCAGAGAUCAGAGGUCUUAAAUUUGCAUGUUAUUGAUGAUGAGAUUCCGGAGUUAAAUGAAUAUUUCCGUGUGACGUUAGUCUCUGCAGUAUCUGGAGAUGGAAAACUAGGUUCAACUCCUACCAGUGGAGCAAGUAUAGAUCCAGAAAAGGAAACGACUGAUAUCAGCAUCAAAGCUAGUGACCACCCAUAUGGUCUACUACAGUUCAUGGUGGGACCGCCUCCUCAGCCAGGUGAUGAAAUGAUUCUGCCAGCUUCUGCUGUGCCCUAUGUUACUGUUAAAGAAGAAGUUGGACAUAUCAGGUUACUGGUAGUUCGUGCACAAGGCCUUCUUGGAACAGUUCUGGUGGAAUACAGAACAGUGCCACUUACAGCUUUCAGUUCUAAAGAUUAUCAGGCUGCUGCGGGCACACUGGAAUUUCAGCCAGGAGAAAGAUACAAGUACAUUAUUGUUAACAUCACUGAUAAUUCUAUUCCGGAAUUAGAAAAAACUUUUAAAGUGGAGCUGUUGAACCCCGAGGGAGGAGUUGCUGAGCUCUUUAGAAAUGAUGGCAGUGGUAGUGGUGAUGGGAACAUCGAUUUCUUCCUUCCAACUGUCCAUCAACAUGCUAGCUUGGGAAUUGCAUCCUGCAUCCUUGUGACUAUUGAGGCUUCUGAUGACGCUCAUGGUGUGUUUGAGUUCAGUGCUGAGUCACUCUCGGUAAAUGGAACUGAGCCUGAGGGUGGAGACAGCAGUAUUGUGCUGCAGGUUGUGAGAACGCAUGGGGCCUUGUCUCAAGUGACACUGCAUUGGAUCAUAGACUGUAAUCUUACCAAAGACCUGAUCACUACAGAUGGGAAUGUAACAUUUGAUGUUGGCCAAGCAAGAGCAAAUAUUACAGUACAGGUUUCUCCUGAUGAAGUUCCUGAGUUGGAUAAGGUGUUUUCAGUUUUGAUCAUCAAUGUCUCUAGUGGUCGUCUUGGAAAUCAUACUAAUGCAACAUUAACUAUUUUAGCUAAUGAUGAUCCAUACGGAGUCAUCAUCUUUUCUGAGAGAAACAGACCUAUAAAAAUUGAGGAAGAAACAAAAAAUAUCUCCCUGACAAUAAUAAGGUGUGGUGGUCUUCUUGGUACAGUAAUGGUAACAUACAGAACUAUGGGCGAUGAUGAGAAGUCACCCUUUCUUCCACCUGAUGUUAUUAGAGCAAUAGAGGGAAAAGAUUACAUACCCAUUACAGGUCACACAAUCUUGGCAGCCAAUCAAAGUGAGGCCACAAUAUCUUUGCCUAUUUUGGAUGACGAUGAUCCUGAGAGGUCAGAAUCUGUUUUUGUGGAGCUAAGCAGUAUUGUUCUCAUCGAGAAGGUGCAGGAUCGGCCAAUUGCAAAUUCUCCUCGACUUGGAUUAUCGGGUGAGACAAUAGCUCAUGUAAUCAUCAAUGCCAAUGAUGAUGCUUUUGGAAUACUUCAGCUUUCAGCUUCAACUGUGCGAGUUGCUGAAAAUUAUGUUGGACCGAUCAUUAACGUGACCAGAACUGGGGGAAUAUUUGCAGAUGUUUCUGUGAAAUUUAAAGCUAUGCCAAUAACUGCAACAGCUGGUGAGGACUACAGUGUAGCCUCAUCAGAUGUCGUCUUACUAGAAGGGGAAACAAGUAAAGCUGUGCCAAUUUACAUAAUUAAUGAUAUCAGUCCUGAAGUUGAGGAGUCAUUUUAUGUUCAGCUGCUGAAUCAAACAACAGGAGGAGCCUUGCUUGGAUCUUUGACUAGGGCAAUCAUAAGUAUUGAGGCUUCUGAUGACCCAUUUGGAUCUUUUGUAUUUCAGAUUACUGAAUUCACUGUGGAGGAGCCAGAAUUUGGAUCGGUAACCAUAAAUCUGCCAAUAAUCCGUAAUGCUGGGACACUCGGUAAUGUUACUGUUCAGUGGGUUGCCACCACUAAUGGACAUCCUGCUGAUGCGGACUUGCAGGUUGCCUUGGGUAAUAUUACUUUUGCCCCUGGGGAGGCCAUUCAGAUGUUGCUGUUGGAAAUCCUGGCUGAUGAUGUUCCAGAAAUAGAAGAAAUUGUCCGUGUAGAAUUAACUCAGGCCUCCAAUGGUGGUGCUAUUGGGUUAGAUGGCGUGGCAAAUAUUAUAAUACCUGCCAAUGAUAAUCCUUAUGGCACAGUUUUCUUUCAUCAAUCCUUAUAUCGAAUUCAGGAGCCACUAGAAAGAAAUUUGAUUGCAAAUAUAACAGUCAGGCGAAGUGGGGGAAGGUUUGGUCAGCUGCAGAUAUUUUACAGCACUUCUGAGACUGAUGUCGUAGCUCUUGCCAUUGAGCAGGGUCAGGAUAUGUUGGCCUGUUACGAGUCUCCUGUACAAGGAAUUCCUGACCAACCAACCAAGACCAAAGUGAAUGUGUCAGCAACAAUUGACCCACUGUAUGCCUGUGCAACUCAGUGCCUAAAAGAACAAGCGUGUUCAGCCUUUACAUUUUCCAGUGCCUCUGAGAUUCCUCUCUGCCUUUGGUGGACAUCAGAGAUCAGCCCACUAACUAACACAUCAGGAUUCUGGACCUACAAGAAAAACAUCACCUGUACAUCUGUUCUCUUUAGCACCCAAGCCACCGCUGGAAGUGAUUAUGAAUCUGUUACAAGACAGUGGGCCAUAAUGCAGGAAGGGGAAGAGUUUGCAAAUCUCACAGUUGUUUUACUUCCUGACAGUCUGCCAGAGUUGGAUGAGAAAUUCACUAUAUCCCUUCUGAAAGUUGAACUAAUGAAUAUCUCAGCCAGCUUAAAAAAUCAACCAACUAUAGGACAGCCAAAUACUUCUACAGUUAUCAUAAUGAAGAAUGGAGAUGCAUUUGGAGUAUUUAAGAUCUGCAGUGUAAGUCCCAAUGCGACAGAGGAAGGUCGGUAUGUUGAAGUAGAAGAACAUCCUCAAACCAAUGUGCAGCUAAUGAUACACAGGACAGAAGGCAGCCUGGGACAGGUGACAGUGGAAUGGCGUGUCAUUGGUGGAACUGCUACCCCAAACUUGGAUUUUCUAGGUGUUGGUGACAUUCUGGUGUUCGCUGAAGGGGAAACAAAGAAGAUGGUCACACUGACCAUUUUAGAUGAUACAGAGCCAGAAGAUAAUGAAAGUAUCAUAAUCAGCCUGGUCUAUACAGAAGGAGGGAGUCGGAUUCUGCCCAGUUUUGACACUGUCACAGUGAUUAUUCUGGCAAGUGACCAUGUGGCAGGAAUUAUUAGCUUCCAGACAGCCUCAAGAUCUGUUAUUGGUCGUGAAG